GCAUGCUGGCUGUGCUGUGCCAUGCCAUGCCAUGCCAUGCCAUGCCAGCUCUCCUGGCUGUGUCUCUCCUCCCAGGAGAAGGUGCUGGAGCUGGCAAGGCCCCAGCUGGCUCUGGUUCCCCUUGGCUACAGCCUGACCCUGCUGCUGUGGCACCCCCACGGUCCCCCCACCCAGCUGUCCCUCCAGAGCAUCGCCUGGCAGGUGGUCACCACCAUCUUCCAGGAGCUGGAGGCGCUGGGCAGGGAUGAGCAGAGCCUGCAGACUGUCAGCCUGGUCCAGCUCUGUGCCCAGGACAAAGCCUGGGACCUGCUCCGCCCCGCCGGCCGAGCCCUGCAGGUGCUGGACGUGCCCCCCCUGGGCCUGAUGGUGGAGGAGGCCACAGAAAUCCCUGUGCCCGAUGCCCAAGCUGCCAUCAGCAUCUACAGCAGCGGGCUGGGUGCCAUGAUACCUCCCGAGAGGAGCUGCUGGCAGCGCUGGGGGUGGCCGAGCGAGUGA